GUGCAUUUGGUGGACAUUAGCCGCUCGAGCAGCGCCGGGAGCGUGUGGCCGAUUAGGGGCAGCGGCAGCUGGUUUUCGGGCAGAGCGCUGCAUUUGGGGCAGAAAUAUUCGCCGUGCGCCUCAGGGACGCAAAGCCUCGCUCUCCGCUGGGAUUUAUGGAGGUGCUGAGGAGCAGCUCUGAGCCCCGCAGCCGCCGGCAGCCCAGCCCGUAAAGCAGCGCCCGGCCGCCUCGUCUCCUCUCGCCCGGCCCCCCGACCCUCCGACUCAACCAUUCAAGGCUCCCGUGCAUGGAUCGCCCCAGCGAGGGACCGCUGCCGAACGCCGCCGACGCCGCCCCGUAGGCUCCCGGCCCCCCGUGCCGCCCCCAAGUACUCCACAUACCCCGAUGGGGUAACGUGACGGGGGUCACCCUCCCGCCACCGCCACCCCCCCCCCCCCACCCCCCCAUAUGCAGAGGCCUUUCUAGAGCGCCAGGGAGCGUGCGGCACCGGAGGCGGCAGCUGCUCGCCGUCACACACACGCCAAGGACGCCGACACUACAGCAAAGGGAUUUUUUUUUUAAUUAUUAUUAUUAUUAUUAAUAUUAUUAUUAUUAUCAUUAAUAUUAUUUUUUUCCCAUCUGGCUUUUUCCCCCCGGGGGGCUUGCGGUGUGUCGAGGAAGCCGGCGCGCUCCCAGGAGCUGGCAUUAUUUGCACAACGUCUGUAUAUUGAGUUCUCGAUCCCGUUUUAUUUUUUAAACACAAAGGGGGUUGUUGCUGGGUUUUUUUUCCCCUCCAUACCACGCUUUUCUUGGGUUUUUCCCCCCGCCACCGUCAGCAUCACCUCACCCUCCUCCUAUCCCACCAUGGCCCGGAUGAACCGCCCUGCGCCGGUGGAGGUCUGCUACAAAAACAUGAGGUUCUUGAUCACCCACAACCCCACCAAUGCCACGCUCAGCACCUUCUUGGAGGACCUGAAGAAAUACGGUGCCACCACGGUUGUGCGAGUGUGCGAAGUGACAUAUGACAAGACCCCCCUGGAGAAGGACGGCAUCACUGUCAUGGAUUGGCCGUUUGAUGAUGGAGCGCCUCCUCCCAGCAAGAUAGUGGAAGAUUGGCUCAACUUGUUGAAGACCAAGUUCUGCGAAGACCCCGGCUGCUGCGUGGCCGUGCACUGCGUGGCUGGCCUGGGGCGCGCUCCCGUCCUCGUCGCGCUGGCCUUGAUCGAGAGCGGGAUGAAGUACGAAGACGCCAUCCAGUUCAUCCGACAGAAGCGCAGAGGAGCCAUCAACAGCAAGCAGCUGACGUACUUGGAAAAAUACCGACCAAAGCAGAGACUCCGAUUUAAGGACCCUCAUAACCACAAGAACAAAUGCUGCAUCAUGUAACCUCAACGACCUCUUGCCAAAAUCUGUGCACACAGACACCCGGGCACUCGCACGCAUCCCACCCCCUCACCUCCUCGCCCAGCCCCGCGCACCCCACGCACCGCCCCACUGCCAGGGCUGGGGUGGGGGGACAUGGAGCACCACUACCGUGUUCCAGCACCCACAGCACGGUCGUCUUGCUGGACCCCUGAAAAAGGCUGCUCUCUCCAGCUACAGCCCCGAGGAGGGAAAGCAGCGCUGCCCUUUGACUCUUGGCGUUAGUAGGCAAUGAGCUCACGUGACGGUUCUUCAUCACCUUCCUCCUCCUCCUCCUCCUCCUCCCUUUCCCCUCCCGUUGCACUGAGAGGGAUGGGCAAAGGGCGCUUGGUUUGGAGUGAUGCAGGCAAGGCUGUGCCAGCUGAGCAGGGAUGGGGAGCAGAAGGGCCGGAGCAUCCCCAGAAAAACCCUUUCCCACCUCUUCCUUAUAAAUAAGGGCUGCAGCAGCAGGGACAGAGGUGGGUAUGGCGCAGUGGCCUCAGCAGGGGGAGGAUGGUGAUGGCAGGGAGAGAUAAGGAGGGCUUAUAGCUCAGUGCUGGCCUUGUGGCCACGGGAAGGGCUGAGCUAAGGCCCCCAGCACCAUUCCCUUUCUCCUGGCCCCUCUGCCACUUCACCAUCUUCCUGUUGCCUCGAUGCCAGCCGGGAUGCUGCAGGUGGGGCUUGUUGGGGGCUCGAUGCAGCACAGGCAGGGGGGUGGGGAAACUCGGGGACCAUGGACGGACUUUGAGGCACUCAGCUUUGCCGGGGUGCAGGGUCCACACCGGGUGCCCCAAAGCGUGGGGUGCUCUUAUUUACAGCUUCCAAAUUAAAUGCACAGGGUGGUGGGUUCUCUCCUGUCGCGUCCCCAUCACUGAGCUGCGGUGCAAAUCCCAAUUCUGGCUGCAGUGCCCUGGGGACGCAACGUGCAUCUCAGGGCACGUCCAUGUCCUCCACCGCUGCGUUUGCUGGCCAGGGGCUGGGCUGCAGCUUUCCUGGGGAUUUUGGGUGCUCCUGGCAAGAGCACAUCACCAAAUUUCACACCUGCCUUUCCCACAUCCGUAACGUGGCUCGUGGCACCCCAAAACCCCCCAGGAUGUGCCCUGGUGGGGUAGACUCAGAGCUACCCCUGAGCUAGGACAUUAAACAUCUCUCGACUUUCUGCCUUUGAACGCUCGCAGAAGCUGGAGCGGUGGGCACAUAGCGGUGGGCAUGGGGGUGUUUUUUUCUUUUCACAAGGAUAAGAAAUUUGCUAAUUAAAGGAAAAAAAAAAAACUUAAAAAAAAAAAACAAAACAAAACAACCUGUUUGUCUUCCACACGUCCUCUGGCCUUUCUUUCUCCCAUCACUGCCCAGUGGAGCCUGGGAGGUGACCCAUGGCCCUCCCAGACCGAUCCCUGGCACUGGGUCACAGCUGGCUGCCAUCCACUGUCACCAGGGCAAAAAUGUGGCCCAAGGGAUUCUCCAGGUAUCCUUUGGGCUCACUGCUGCUCACCCCCUCAGCUGCAGAGGAUCGCAGCUGUUGGGACAAGGAGGGCCAGUCAUCCAGCAUCUUGUGGUUUUAGGCUGCCUAAUUUGAGAGGCCUUCGGUGCCCUGUGUUGAGUAUCUCCAAAGGUUUGUGUGCCUUCCAAAAUGUAGACUAUCCAGAGACAUUUACUUCAUAGGGCUCAUCUCUUGGGAUAAGCGGUGAGGAAGGCUGGUUAGACACCUUCAGUACCUGCAGAAGGGUAGGGGACGGCCUCAUGCCACCACACAUGGGCAGAGGAGGAGCUUGGAGCCAUUUCCAGCAACUCUCUUCUUCUCCCCAUGGGAGCCAGUCCCGCUGCACGGCAGGGGGGGCCAUCCUGUGGGACAGGCUGUGGUGCUGAGUGGGGUAGGGAGCCUCCACGCAUGGCUCUGGAGUUUGUCAUCCUGCACACCUCUGGCCUGUCCAAGCCUCCACAUUGUGGGUCAGCCCUCAGUCCCUUGAGUUUCUCCUGCCCCAUUCCAGGCUGUUGAUUCCUAUGUCUCAUGGAGAAGGCAGCAAUGGUCAAAGGAUCUGUGUUGGCUGAGAAGGGUGAGAAAUUGGGCUGAUCUUGUAUUACAGCAGACCCACUGGGUGGGUCACUGUCCCCUUCCUGCUUGGGUGUGUCCUGCUGCUAAAAUAGGUGCUGCUUCAUCCCUAGGGACAGUAAGUGGUGGCUUGGCAUUGGGACAGGGACAGCCCCAAUCCCUCUUAGCCAGGAGACCUCACAGUCCCGUGUGCUUCCCAGUCACAACAGGCUGUGCCACGACUUGUGAAGAGUUUAGGAUAAUGCAGUGGGAAUCGUUGCUUUGCAAGCUUGGAGAUGUUUCUGCCCUGGCAAGAGGAGGGAUGUUUUCCUCACCCAUGCACAUGGGAGCAUCACAUGGCAGAUUGCCCAGUCGAGGGCUUCACCCACAAUUCUUUUGAGUGGGUGUAGGGGUGGGGACAGAGGGGCUUGAACUCAGCCUCCUUUGGCCACUGGAACUCUUCAUCUCCUCCAGACAGGGUUUGAUGGUGGAAGUGCUUGGUGCUGAGCUCUGAUGAGAGUACACUCAAAUCUCAGCUUAGUGGGCUUGUUUGGGAGGAACAUGAGGGGGACAGGCUUUGCAGUGCUCCUUUGCUUUAUGUAGCAUCAACCCAACCACCUUAAAAAUAGGGAGCAGUCCUUGACCUGAUACAAUCCAUAUGGCCAAAUACUGAGCGCCUCUGGUUGGCAGAGCGGCAUCUUGAUACUCCAGUUUUAUGAGUCACUGCAAAAAAAGCCCAAAAUCAUGCUGGUUUAAUUGUCCCAAUUUUUUUCUUUUUUCCUUUUUUUUAAUGGUUAUGCUCCCCACCCCCCCCCCGUCCUGGAACUUGCUGUCACCUUCCAUGUGCUGCUUCAUCUCCAGGACACCUUGGCAGCCCAGGAGCUGCUGACCUUGCAUGGAGGGCUUGAACCUGCUCCAAGGCUCUCUGGGUUGGACUGACAAAUAUUUGGGGUUUUUUUGAUACGGAUUUGGGCUCCUACCUCUGGGGUAUCAGCUCCUCAAUGUUUCAGCCUAGAGACGGUUAUAGAAUUAUAACUGGCUGAGGAAAUUGAGGGGUCUUCCAACUGGGUUUUGUGUUAAAAUCACAAAGAAGAGCCCAGUUCCCUCAUAAAAAUCUUGGGACAGUUGGAGAAGAGGGAAGGUUGGAGCUCAGUAGACACAUAGCACCAGAGCAAGGCCUAAGCAGACAAGGGCUCAUGGUUUGGGCUGGUUUGGGGGUCUCUCCUUGUAUGCUAAUCCUCAUUUCACCUCGGAUGCCAAGAUGUUGAAAGGAGAGCCUUAAAAAUCUGAUGUAUUUGCCAAUUUUGUUACUGCUCCACUUUGGGUCUUGGCUGAUGUCAUAGGGAAGAGACAGCCCCAUGGCUUUGGCUACAAACCAGUCACCUUAUCCUGCCCUUUUUCGCAGAAGCAAAGGCACAAACUGGGUUUUAUACCUCCUCACCCCUACCCACCUCCCUCACCCCCUCCAUGGAAACCCACCAUCUUUCCUUAGUUUGCAGGGACGGAGCUCCAAACUGGUAGCAAGAGCUUUGGAGACCCAAGGAACGGCAAGGCAGAGAUGCCCUAACCAUCAAACCAAGAGCUCGUAAGGUUUUCCCAGGAAUCAAUCACGGCUGAACCUCACAUGGUAGAAUAAAUCUGAGCAGGAGUUCGUAGUUGUGUCCCCUCACCGGUAGCACACAUGUGUCCUUGUCUGCGUUUCGGUUAAGAGGCUUGUGUGUCCCUUCUGUUCUCCAUGUUUGCCAGUUGGAGGGAGUGUGUGGUGGGGGCAGUAGCGGACAGGCAACGCAGCCAUCGCAAAUGGCCAGCUCUUUAUUUAAGAAAGGUCUGGUGACAUGUAUUUAAAGACUUCACAUUUGUAAAUUCAUAUUGUGAGUCUUGCAAUAAGGCUGACACUGCGGUGCUUGGGCUGGGAGCUUCAGAUGAGGAGGUUUAUAAGUAACAGAUUUCCCGAGGAAGCAAAGUCUUGUUCUAUCUACAAUAGAAUGAGUCUUUUUUUUUUUUUUUUUUUUAUUGGAUUUGUUUGGUUUUUAUUAAUCCCAGUGGGAAAGCGCACAGGGAGAUUCGUGACUUCCAUGCAGUUUCCAGGGUCUUACAUCUUACUUGCUUCCAGCGGGCUGGGUAGGUGCAGUUUGGCGGGUGGAUUUGGAUGGGAUACUGUCUGGUGGGAGAAAAAUGUGGCUGGUUUCUUUGCGCAGCGGGGGGGUCACGGGCCGGCUGUGGUCCCGCUCGCAGUCUCUAGCAGACAUUCCCGGGGAGGGGGGCAUUUCGCCACGCUCGGCUUCCCUUUAGACGAUGAUCUCCCAAUGAACUCUCAACUUCCCUGCUGUUUCUUUCUGUGCAACAAAGAACUGCAUAUUUUCAUUUUUAACUCCGUGGGCAAUCGUAGUAGUAUGUAGAUUAAGCCCAGAUGACUUUUUUUUUUUUUUUUUUUUUUUUUUUCCAGUCUGAGCCAUAGCUAAAUUAUUAUACCCAAUGCUUUUUGUAUCAGAUGGCAUCACUUUGAAUAUGCAGAUGAGGUAUAGGAUCUUGACACUUUAUAACCUUUUUAAAAAGAGACUUGUCUGUUUACUUACGUCUUGUGUAAAAAGGAAAAAAAAAAAAUGUAUGCCUUUUAGUAAUCACUUUUUUUUUGAGUUAUGAAAUUACAGUGGUUACACUCCAGCAGCGAAAUAAAAAGCGUUCACUGUUUUGUA